GGAGAGAAUUCGAAGUGGGUCUACACAUCUGCCAAGAUGUCGUACAUGAAAACUAAAGCUUUCAGUCAUGCCCAGCUAGUGAAAACACUCUUCAAGAAAGUCGUAAGAGCUCACGAAACUACAUGCGGCAGCAGACUUACUUUAAGAUCUGGCGCAGUGCACAUAAGAGCCAUGUUUGAUAGACACAAAGAUGAGCGAGACAUGGCGAAAGUUGAGAAAAUGAUGGAGCAAGCUGAGCGUUAUAUACACUGGGUUGUCCCCAAAAGGAAACAGUAUGAUCAUUGUCCCGGAGGAAUAGCCCAUGGGAGAUACGAGGUUUCCCCGGAUAUGGUAUUGGACAAUUAUCAUCCCAUGGAAAAAGCUGCAUACCCAAAGUACUUCGCCAAACGAGAGUUAGCAAAACGUGACUAUAUUUUGUGGUGGGAGAAAACCUAUGGCAACACAGAGGCAAAAACAAAUUAAUGGCUAUGAAUACAAUAUACAAAUAGAUUCAAGAUUUCAAAAUGAUUUUGUGAACAAGUGUCGGACAACUGUUUUAACCAAGACUGACAGUACAUGUACAGUGUGUAUUAUGUAUUAACAAAAUAAAAAGGUCAAUGCAUAUCCAGUUUUUACAGUUGUAUGAACAUUGCCUUGAUUUCUGGAGUUACAAAUAAAUUAUUAAAAACAAC